AAAUAGAUAAGUCUCCCUUUAAGAAAUGGCCAUGUACUUGCAUUUUCUUUGUCUUAAUUUGCCAGAUGAAAGACUGGUAUGCUGUUAAAGGUCUAAUGUAGUAUUAUACAAAGUGAGAUUAAGGGUGAACAAAUCAAAUAGCGUGCAUGCUGUGAAUCCUCCACCCUAUAGACAAAUAGAAAUUAAAUGGGGAAAGGAAAAUACAAAGUGAUGACGUCAGAGUUUUGAACUGACGUCACAGAAAAGAGGUGUCAUGUAUUGUUCUUUUCGGAGUGGUUCAUCCCCGAACGACGUGUUACCACGAAAGUGGUGUAGGGCGACGCAACUCAUACUGAAGUAAACAUAGCCUGGUUACCAUGGAAGGAUAUUAAUAGCUUUAAACCUACUUGGCCUUUAAGUCGCCGCCUUUUGGUUGCCGGAUAGGAAUUCUGUAUGAAAUGACAGGUGAUAAUGCGCUGAAUAUUGAAUUAUCGAUUUUUGGGCGACCUGGCUUAGGUGCUGAAGGUAUCUGUCGACGCUGUAAGUGUGUCAGCGAUGACAUAAAUGGCGUUGCUCGAGUAUGGAGGUUUAUUUGGCAGCGUUCGCAGGGGCGUGCGCACGCCGGUGGCCGUUGGCUGCCAGUGACGAGCUCAGUUGUGUUGGUGGCGAGGUGAGGUAGGAACGCGCGUCGCUCCUCUCUCCCCUUUUCCUCGGUCAACAACGGGUGCGCUUGUUCUUGUGCUUUGGCAAGUGGAAAACGUGUGUUUUCGGCUGAGAGAGAGGCGUGUAGAGCAAUUCCUCCGUGCGAGGCAGAAGGAAAUAAGAAUCGCGAACCGGCAAGUGUUGUGAUUUGUCGAAAUAGACACGUCUCUCUCCCCUCAGACAUCUUUCACUUUUCCCAUAGUGGAGCCUGCAGGGACCCGGCUUCAACAGCAGCAGUAACAGCCUGUUUUGACAGACCGCUUGGCACUGUUGUCUGAACACCGGUGUCCCACGCAAGGGGGGAGGGGAGACUGGUGACCCGAGGUACUUAGUUGGAGCUGAAAAAACAAGCAGAAGAAAAUAACUCGGCAAGCAAGCAAGCAAAAAAGAAUAUGGCUGCUAAUGGGUCCCAGCAAGACAUUGACGAGUCCCUGUACUCACGCCAACUAUAUGUCUUGGGUCAUGAUGCCAUGCGACGAAUGGCAUCCUCCGAUGUCCUUAUAUCAGGACUCGGAGGACUUGGUGUGGAGAUUGCGAAGAAUGUGAUCCUUGGAGGUGUGAAGUCUGUAACACUUCAUGACACCAAGAACACCUCAGUGCGUGACCUGAACACCCAGUUCUUCCUAACCUCAGAUGAUGUUGGUACCAAUAGAGCCACUGCCUGUCACAGUCGCUUGGCAGAACUCAACACAUAUGUACCUAUCUCUGCUUCCACCAGCCCACUCACAGAAGAAUUCCUGAAGAAGUUUAGAGUGGUGGUACUGACUGAUUCAUCUUUAGAAGAGCAGAUGCAAGUCUCUUCCUUCUGCCAUAGUAACAACAUUGCUGUCAUUGUUGCUGCAACCAAAGGCUUGUUUGGCCAGAUCUUUUGUGAUUUUGGAGAGGAGUUUGAGGUGGUGGAUACCAAUGGAGAAAACCCUGUGUCUGCUAUGAUUGCAGGUGUUACAAAGGAGGAGAACAGUGUUGUCACAUGUUUAGAUGAAUCUCGCCAUGGAUUUGAGGAUGGAGAUUAUGUAACAUUCUCAGAAGUACAGGGGAUGACUGAGCUUAAUGGAUGUAAACCAGUAAAGAUUAAGGUGCUUGGUCCCUUCACAUUCAGCAUUGGAGACACUACCCAGUUUUCUGAUUAUGUGCGAGGUGGCAUCGUCACUCAAGUCAAGGUCCCUGUGAAGAAGUCCUUCAAGGCCUUAGAGGAGUCAAUCAAAGAGCCAGAAUUCAUCAUGACAGACUUUGCCAAGUUUGACAGACCUGGGAUCCUGCAUAUUGCAUUCCAGACUUUACACAAGUAUGAGAAGGAGAACGGCUCUGCACCCAGACCUUGGAAUGAGGAAGAUGCAGAUAAGUUCCUUCAUGCAUUCAAGGAAGUGAAUGAGGGGCAUUCAGCCAAGGUGGAGGACUUUGAUGAAAACCUGGUAAAGCAAUUUGCCAAGAUUGCAUCAGGUGGAGUUGCACCCCUAGAUGCUGUGAUUGGUGGUAUUGUGGCUCAGGAAGUAAUGAAGGCAUGCUCAGGCAAGUUUACUCCCAUCUGUCAGUGGCUCUACUUUGAUGCUCUUGAAUGUCUCCCAGAUGAUCUGUCCACCAUCACAGAGGAUUUGAGCAGUCCUGCAGGGGAUCGCUAUGACAGUCAAGUGGCUGUGUUUGGCAGAGAUUUCCAGAAAAAAAUUGGAAGCCAGAAGUACUUCAUUGUUGGUGCUGGAGCCAUUGGCUGUGAGCUUCUCAAAAACUUUGCCAUGUUAGGAAUUGGUGCUGGAGAAGGAGGCAAGCUUGUCGUAACAGACAUGGAUUUGAUUGAGAAGAGUAAUCUUAAUAGGCAAUUCUUAUUCCGUCCAUGGGAUGUUCAGAAGGCAAAGUCAGACACUGCUGCAGCAGCUGUGAAAAAGAUGAACCCACAAGUUAAUAUCAUUGCUCAUCAGAACAGAGUUGGGCCUGAGACAGAAAGAGUUUAUGAUGAUUCAUUCUUUGAACCUCUUGAUGGGGUUGCUAAUGCUCUAGACAAUGUUGAGGCACGUUUGUAUAUGGAUAGAAGGUGUGUGUAUUAUCGAAAACCUCUGUUGGAGUCAGGUACCUUAGGGACAAAGGGUAAUGUUCAAGUAGUUGUACCACACUUGACCGAGUCAUAUGGAUCAUCUCAAGAUCCUCCAGAGAAGUCUAUACCUAUCUGCACAUUGAAGAACUUCCCAAAUGCCAUUGAACAUACACUCCAGUGGGCAAGAGAUAUGUUUGAGGGUGAAUUCCGUCAGGCAUCAGAAAAUGCUGCUCAGUAUCUGGUUGAUUCCAGAUUCAUGGAACGUACUCUGAAGUUGCCAGGUUCACAGCCCAUGGAGGUGUUGGAAAGUGUCAAGCGAGCUCUGGUAGAGGACAGACCUCAGUCCUUUGAGGACUGUGUUCUCUGGGCCCGCAAGCACUUUGCAGAACAGUUUCACAAUCAGAUCGUCCAGCUGCUACACAAUUUCCCUAAAGACCAGACAACUUCAAGUGGUGAACCUUUCUGGUCUGGCCCCAAAAGAUGUCCCCAUCCACUUAAAUUUGAUGCUAAUUAUCAGCUACAUUUGGACUACAUUUUGUCUGCUGCAAAUCUCAAGGCUGAGGUUUAUGGCAUCACUCAGGUACGGGAUCGGGAUGCAGUUGCUGACAUUGUUAACAAAAUUGAAAUUCCAGAGUUUGUGCCCAGAUCUGGAGUAAAGAUUGCAGUCACAGAUGCAGAGGCUGAAGCCCAAAGCAAUCAGGUAGACUCAGAGAGAAUUGCCAACCUUCAGUCAGCCAUUCCUCAAGCAACUAGUUUUGGAGCCCUGAAGUUAACUCCAUUAGACUUUGAGAAAGAUGAUGACACCAAUUUCCACAUGGAUUACAUUGUUGCUGCAUCUAAUCUACGUGCAGAAAACUAUGACAUCCCCCCUGCAGAUCGACAUAAGAGCAAGCUGAUUGCUGGCAAGAUCAUUCCUGCCAUUGCAACCACAACAGCUCUUAUCUCAGGGCUUGUCUCCCUGGAGCUCUUGAAGCUUGUUCAGGGCCACAAUUCCAUAGAGAAGUUUAAGAAUGGCUUCGUUAACCUAGCACUUCCCUUCUUCGGCUUCUCAGAACCUAUUUCUGCUCCAAAGAACAAGUACUACGACAAAGAGUGGACCCUCUGGGACCGAUUCGAGGUUGAUGGUGAGAUGACCUUGGAGGAAUUCAUCAACUACUUUGAGGAGAAACACAAUCUAGAGAUCACAAUGCUUAGUCAGGGUGUAUCCAUGCUUUACUCCUUCUUCAUGCCACCUGCUAAGAGGAACGAGAGGAUGUCUCUACCGAUGUCUGAGGUGGUGAAGAAAGUAAGCAAGAAGAAGAUUGAGGAUCACGUCCGAGCUUUGGUGCUGGAGCUCUGUGCCAACGACAAGGAUGGAGAAGAUGUGGAAGUCCCCUAUGUCAAGUACAACCUUCCCACUCAAUAAUUGUGCGCACAUCACACCCAAAGACCGUAAUUCACCCUUGCUUUUGGAAUGAAGAUGGCAUGCACGAUGGAGUGUGGCUGGCAGGCUCAUGUACCCAAGAGGACAUCAGCUGUGGUUGCCCCAUGUGUUUUUGGAUGACAUUCUGAGUGUUUGAUGGAAGAAUGGCUUCAUUAUCUGCAGUGAAAUUUGCACUUGCAGAUUGUUUCAGGAGAGGGAAAGGCGGCUUGUUUUUUGUCUUGAAGAUAAUCUGUUUAAUGACAAUAUGAAAUGAAACAACGGAUGAACUGGAAGUAGUGAGGAACAUACUCGGGAGGAGUAUGUGCCAUGUCUAUUGGUGGAAAUUCAUUGCUGAUGAUUUUUCUAUGAAAAUUCAUUGCACUUGAAGUUUCUGUGAUUUAAGAUGUAAAUGUGAAAAGCUUAAAAAAAAAAAAAAAAAAAAAAAAAAAAAAAAGAAAAAGAAAAAAAAUAAUGAUGUAGGAGCUGAAUGGAUACAGUGUAACUGUUGAAGUGUAGGCCCAAUUUAGUGUGAAUUUUAGUGUAUGAGCACCAAUAGUUUAUGUGAAAGGGUUGAUUAUAGUCUCUUAGAACAUUAUGCUGUUAAUCUUCAUAAUAGCAUUACGUAUCUUGAGUUCCACAUUACACUAGAUCUGAAAAGUUUGAUUAUACCAAACAAGCAUUAUUAAUUCAACCAAUAAAAGACCAUCUUUAAGUUCAAUAUCAGCAUGUUAUCCUUUCCCUUGAGAGAGUAGUAGAUGCUGGCAGGGAGUUCCUUCACUUUUUUCUCACACUUUACCAUCUUUGAAAGUAGACUCAGUAUGUUAGUGUUUUAAAUUUUUCACAGUUGUCCAUCCAGAAAUAGUUUUUUUCGUUUGAGUACCAGAAAUGAACUUGCUUCCAAUUUAGAACCUCCCCAAAGUAUGUCUAUUUUUAUUUGAAACAUUCUAGGAGUCUGUUCAUCAAAUCUCGCAAGAUGUUUUUGCAUAGUGUAAUCUUAUAAAGAAAUGGAAUUUAACCUAUAUCAUCUUUUCACAUGUUUUAGAAGUUGCAGAUUUACAGCAAGCUUGUGGAUCCCAGUUGGCAAGGUGAUGUAAUGGUCAAUCACGAGAAGAUGCUUAAGUUGUGUGCCUCAAGGCUUUAUGAAAUGUAUUACUUUUUUAAGAUUACAAUAGUUGUUUCUUAAACUUUUGUAAGGGAAGUGAAUGAACUAGCUGAGAACUUGUUAGCAUAUAUAUAUAUUAAGUUCAUUUUUGUAUUCAGUCAAAAUGUGAUGAACUGUUGCAACGGAAUGAGUGCUUAUUAUUUUGCAGGAUUCUGUACGGAAGAAAACCGAAUUUGUUACAGUUCAUCCAGGCUUUCCACCAGUGAUCACGCUAGUAAACUGUGAUUCCA